CUCAAACAUCGCAGUCCCCACCUACAACCUGAAAAAAUUCGUUCACCAAAAGAAUUUUAUUCUGAAGGUUUUCUCCCCACCACACAAUCUUCUUAAUUGUCAGGCUUCUCUCCUCCUCCUCCUCCUCCUCCUCCACAAACUUACCCAUACGCGGCAUCUCUGUGGUCAUUCUUCAGUUCUCUCGUCCUGCUCCGGCCGAAUUUCUAUUCGCCAUUACACAUAGCGGACGGUUCGCACACGACCGGCGAGACCCUUCAAGCCAACAACGAAGUCGUCCAAUCGAACGAGGCCUUGCGUUUGCCGUCGUUCAAUUUUCCUUGGAUCGCCGCAACCCGAGCCUCUCCGGAACGCCUCGCUUCUUUCCCUUCCCACCCUAACCCGUCCGGUUGACUUACCCUCAACCCAACUCCGCUACAUCGUUGCGAGGGACACCACUUCCACCACCCCUCGGACACUGUCAGUCAUACUCGCUCCUGCUGAGAUUCACCACUCGCGUGCCCCCGUCGGAACUACGUCCCCGCAUUCACCCAACAAAAGUCACCACGUCGGCUUCACUGGACUAGCAGCUCCCGCUCGUCCUGUUCCCUUGGGUGCCUUUCCAUUUCGACUUGCGACUCCUGACGACGUCAAUCGACACCUAAUUCUCCCGACGGCCCUCCAAGCCGCCCGACCGAACUCUCCUCCCCCCGAGCCCGCGGAUAGGCUCGGUCUGUCCACCCAGGGAGUUGCUGGUAGACCUCGGUUUACCCUACGGCAGGAUACAAAACAGCCCGUUCGUGGCUACCCACCUUGGGGCCUGGCAGGAUUGGAUCCGUCGAUCAUCUUUCCUGGUCCGACAUUCCCACAACAGUUCUUAGAGGCAUGCCUAUUUCUGCAUCAGACCUAGCAUCAGACACGAUGGCUACUGCAUUUUCUUACGCCCAAGCGGCCAAGGGUCAGGCGGCUACUACAUCCGCAACCCAGCCCACUGAGAGCGGCAAGGACGCCGCCAACUCGGUAAACGGUGAACAAUCCCCUGCUGAUACCAACGCCGUCAAGAGCAACGACUCUGUUGACGACGAGCCUUCGAGAAAUACCACCUUGAAGGCCCAACUCGCCACCAAGCAGGACGCUCCCUCGGCCCCGACCGAGGCCAACACCAGCAACACAUCCGCCGCUGCCUCCGUCACCGACUCUCGACGCGAUGAUGAGGACGCCGCCACCGAAGGCUCGGCGCGCCGAAGCGAGAAGAGCGUAAGAUCGGCAAGUGCAUCCACUCGCGUGACCGACGAUGCCGACCCGAAGAAGGGCUCUAGGAAGCCGAAAAAGGGUAAGACAGGAAAGGAGUCUAGCGAGGAUGCCAAGAAGGAGAAGGCCGCGGAGCAGGAGAAGGAGCAACCCAAAAUCGAGCUGGUCGAGGCGCCGCUCCCUUCGGUCAACAUCUGGACCCAACGAAAGGAGACGCAGGCUGCGAAGACUUCUGUCACCCUCCCCGCAUCUAACGGUGUCCCCAAUGUGUCCAACCCCGCCGAUGCUUGGCCCAACAGCCAGGAAUCAAAGAAGAAGAGCAAGGCCGCCGAUGCCACUGAAGCGACCAACGGUGCUGCCGGCACCAACAAAACUCAGCGCAAGGCUGGCGACAGCGAAGCUGCCGUCCGCAGGAACGGUGCGCGUGGCUCCAGAGUGACCGAAAAAGACGGCCGACCUACCGAGGUACCCCCCCCGGUUGGUGAUGUCCAGUCGUGGCCCACGCCCGAGACGGCCGUUAAGGAAACGAUCAAAGAGGAGAAGCGAAAGCCCUCCGACAAGGUUGAGCGGGCAGAGGCCGAGGCCCAGGAAGACGCCGCCUCCAAAGGACGCUCCAAGGACAAAUGGGAGCGCAUGGACUUCGUGCCUACUGUCCAGUUCUCUACCCCCAUCCCAUCCGUGAGAGGGUCUCGAGGAGGACGAGGCGGAGCACGUGGCGGACGCGAUGUCACCUCCCGCGGUGGCCACGGUGCCGCCGCCGCUGCCGCUUCCGAUAAGCCUGCCGGUGCUGCUGCCCAAACCAAGAGUGUUGCAAGUGAGGGCCGCGAGCGCGCCCGAGAUGGUAACGCUCCGGCCAGAACGAACUCCCAGCCACCUGCCGCGAACAAGCGUGCCUCCAUGGAAGGCUCCAACAAGGAGCAGCGCAAACCGUCAGCACCUAGCUCUGGCGAGCGCAACAAGGAUUCACAGUCUAACGCCACCAGCGAACAGGCUGGACCAGUUAGAGAGAGAGGCGAAGGUCGUGGUGACAGGGGCCGUGGCGGAUACAGAGGCCGCGGAGGCCACCCCGGAAACGUGCCCAUGCACACCCAGCAGUCUUCCUUCAUUGGUAACGGCAACUCUUUCGGCUCUCAAGGUCCCCGCCAGUACACUAGCCCCCCUUUGCAUCAGAACGGAAGCUUUGCCCCCUCAUACGGCAACUCUCAGUCUCGGGGCGGCCGCGGCGGCCGCGGUCAGUCCAACGGUUCCGGUGCCUUCCGCGGGGCCGGUGGCCCUUCGAACCCUGGCCGCAUGCGACAGGUUCAGACAAGCAUGAGUCAAGGCUCCUGGGAGUACGGCAUGCCCAUGACCCCCGGCUCUUACCCGGCGUUCUACGAGCAAACCAGACAACUCAUGAUUCCUCAACUGGAGUACUACUUUUCUGUCGAGAACCUCCUGAAGGACGAAUUUUUGCGCAAGCACAUGGACAGCCAGGGUUUUGUGCCCUUGGACCUUGUGCUUGGCUUCUCCAGAGUUCGGACUGUGGCUGACCCUCAGACUUUGCGCUCAAUCUGCGCCGAGUGCCCCCAGCUGGACUACGUUAUCGGAGACGAUGGCGUUGAGAGGCUGCGCUCCCGUACGCACUGGCAGAAGUUCGUCUACUCCAAGAUGGAGUUGCGGUUCGAGUCUGCGCGCAAUGCUGGACCUCAAUACUUCUACCCGCGCUCGCUUCAUGCCAUGGCCCCGUAUGACCACGGAAUGCUAGGUGACUACCCCGUUGUUUCACCUUCCGCUUACCCCAACGGCACUGAGAACAGCUAUGUCGCCUACCCUGCCGAGGUGCCUGCUGGACAGACCAAUGGCGCGGCGAAUGGUUCCGGGCCUGAUACGCAGCUUUCAGCCCAGGUUCCCGAAUUCCAGCCGGGAACAUCUCCUGAGCAGACGGCUGAGGCUUCACCGGCCGCCGCUCACUCGCAGCUGGAGUCCAAGACCCAGCCUCUCGUCAACGGCUCAGCGGAGGGUCACGCGGAGGCUGUGCCCUUGACCAACGGCAAUCACGCCCAGCCUGCUGAAGCCCUUGAGUCCUAG